AUGGAUGAUGAAAACAUUGCAGACGUUCUAGGCACUUGCAAGCAACGUCUAGAUGCACUGCUCGACGUCCUUACCCAACUUUUGUCCUCCUUCGACAAGGACGAGGAUGAUCCUUUUUUUGCUCCUACAAUACUAGGUGCAGGUGCCCAUGUCGAGGCACUAAAGAUCAGUAUCGACAGACAAGAAACAUUGAGCUUACGAUUAGCAGAUACAAAGCAAGCUCUUGCAGCCACACAACAGGCUCUUGCAGUCGCAGAACAGGCUCGUACAGCUACAUCGCACCGCAACCGGGAACUGAAUGAAGAACUGGACCGCGGGCGUGAAGAACUGGACCGAGUGCAAGAAAAUCUCUCCGCAACAAUGACAGAAUUAGCGCGAUCACGACUAGAUCUGGCAAAGUCGAAUGGAGAGCUGAACCGUACAGCACAAGUUUCCUCUGACAAGGGAGAAGGAGAAUUCCCGGCGGACACUCAGACAACGGGUGAAGUAUGGCAGCAAAGGAUUGCCGAAUUGGAGCAGAGAAAUUCUGAGCUCAAGCACGAAGUCAAGAAUAAGACUGAAGCUGAGCGUGAAGCCAAGGAAAGUCUCAUGGCAUCACAACGCAAACAUGAACAAGAGACAAGCAAGCUCCGAGAAACCAUUCGGCGGCUAGAACAGGAAAAGAGCACAACACUAUCAGGCUCGACGCAUGAACAGACUGAUAAGCAAAUGGAAAAUCAGCUGGAAAGCAACCCUGAUCGAUCGGAACCCACAACCUGGGACACCCGAGCAAGUGUUAAUCUUACACAGAUUAGUGGUAUCUCGUUACAAACAGCGAUACCAUCAAGGCUCCCUAUUUUGUCCCGGAAACGGACACGUAUCGAACCUUGA